AAUGCUUCAAAUAACAUGGGGGCAAAGGAUAUGCUCAAAGGAAAAUGGCCAAAAAUCUUUUGGACCUCAUGUGCAACUCACACCCUCAACUUGAUGGUAGAAGCAAUUGCGAAGCUAAAGCAAUUUGGUCCUACCAUCACUAAAGCCAGGCAAAUGACAAUUUUUCUUUAUGCACAUCAUAAAACACUAUCCUUGAUGAGGUCUUUCACCAAGAAAAGAGACAUUGUUAGACCGGGGGUGACACGAUUUGCUUCGGCCUUUCUUACCUUGCAAAGUUUGGUUUCUAAAAGGAAGGAACUAAGAGCAAUGGUUUGUAGUGACGAAUGGGAAGCAUGCAAGCACACAAAAAAGGUGAAAGGAAAGUCGGCUCAUGCCACAAUAAUGAGUAGGGGCUUUUGGAAAAAUGUCUCUCUUUGCAUCAAGCUGAUUGGUGGUCAACUUAUGGAUUACAAACUCCUACGUUGCAACACAUGGCCAUAAGGAUACUUAACUUGACCACAAGUUCAUCCGGAUGUGAAAGAAAUUGGAGCACAUUUGAAAUGGUAGAUGCAAAGAGGAGAAAUCAACUAGAUGUGGCCCGUAGGGACAAUCUAGUUUAUAUUCAAUUCAAUGGAAGGAUGAUUGAUAAAAGAAAGAAGUUAUCCUCUUCUAGUGAUGUUCUUCUUGGUGAAUAUGCUUCACAAGCUCAAGAUUGGAUAUGUGAAGAUGCAUAUAUCGAUGAGGAGAUUGAUCCCACUACAGGCAUGCCAUACAACAUCAUUGAUGAAGCAAUGGGGGCAAGCGAUGCUGUGGAGAUUCGUAGAAGUGCAAGAGUUAGAGAACUACAUGAAGUUGAAGAAUUCAUCGAGGAUGAUGAUAAUGAAUCAGAUCAUGAGAUAGAGGAUCAUGGGAUUGAUUAUGAGUCCGAUGAUGAUGGAGUGAUGGCAACCAAAGACGAUGAUGAUGAGGAGGAACCCCCGCAGCCUUGAGCCAUUUGUCACCAACUUAUAAGAUCUUUAUUAUUGCACAAGACCUUAUUUUGCUUCUAUUUCCGUGGCUGAACCUUGUUAC